AUGCUGUCAAACUCCAAGGACCGGGCCCACAAGUCUCCCUGCUCAAAGUACGCCGGGAAACCUCGUGACGAUGCCCCAGUUCGACCCGCCGCUGCCGCGAAGGGCGCGGUACAGAUCGGCGUUGCUCGCGGCAUUCGCAUUGACGACGUCGCCCGACGAAAGGACGAUUCCAAAGUUGCGCACAUUGUCGCAUGCCAGCGGUCUCCAGGGCCUACGGAGACCGUCUUCCUGUCCGGGGACACGGUGAUUUCGUUGAGGUGGGCGAGGUCGACAGUCACCCCGUCGUGGAUGUUGGAUCCGCCGGGGAAAGCUGUGUGGCCGGCGCCCUUGACUGAAAAGGGGGCAUUGAGAGACGCAAGUGUCUUCGUGAUGUGGGACACAUGGCGUGUUGACCGCGGCGUGACAAAGCAUUGCGGCCGAAGCGCCGACUGA